AUGACGUUCUCGUGUCAAAGUUUCAAAUUCAACGAUGAAGGAAAACGGUUGGAUCCGUCAAGGAUCAGUACCUCGAACAUUAUUACCCCAGCAAAGCCGUCCAAAAUAAGUCGCGAAUCUGCUCGGUCGUCGCUCGGUCUGCUUGAUAAAUUCCCCGCAGAGAUCCUGUUGCUCACUCUCAACCUCCUCGAUUUCCAAUCCUUGUCCCGCCUCUCCCGCGUGUCUCUCAAGGGGAAAGUCGUGGUAGAGAACCUCGCAACAUAUCAAGACGUGAUGAGGCACGCACCGGCGACCUUGGCUGCGUUGGGGAGGACCCGAUUGCUGCAGUACCACCCAGCAACCGCGAUUAGUCAAGCGCUUCGGACAGAGAAAUGUAUGGCCUGCACCGAGUUUGGACACUUUCUGUUUCUUCCAACCUGUGAGAGGGUCUGCUUCCAAUGCCUCGUCAUGAAAGAAUUGCUCAGAGUCACGACCAUUGAGCUCGCCAACGAAGCUUUUCGUCUGACCGACCGCCACCUUGAGCGGAUCCCCAUCAUGCAUAGUGUACCUGGCACGUAUGGUGUCAGGUGGGAUGACAACACGGAAGCUCCGCGAGAGCUGAAGUACCGUCUUGUCAGCAUCAAACAGGCGAGGCAGCUGGCAAUUGAGGUACACGGAUCGAUUUAA